GUGGUCCAUGUCGAGGAUGGAAAGACCCCUACCGAGGGCGGGCUCUACAACCCUCAUGUUGACGUUUCGGGUGUCGAUGAGCGCGCGUUAAUGCGAAAGGUUGACAUGCGGACUGUACCGUGGUUAUCUUUUCUGUAUUUGCUUUGCUUCCUCGACAGAACGAGUAUUGGAAAUGCAAAGUUGUAUAGCAUGGAGACAAGCUUGGGGUUGUCCGAUACCCAGUAUUUAAUAUGCCUGACCGUCUUCUUUAUAUCCUACGCACUAUUCGAGGUGCCCUCGAACGUUGUCUUGAAACGUCUAAGGCCAUCCGUAUGGCUUUCAGUGCUCAUGAUUCUUUGGGGUGUUAUGAUGACCGUGCAAGGCCUAGUCCACAAUUACAGCGGUUUAUUGGUUAUGAGAUUCAUGCUCGGAGCCUUCGAGGCCGGACUUUUCCCCGGAGUCACAUACUAUCUCUCAUGUUGGUAUAAGCGUUCGGAAUUUGGUAUCCGCGCUGCCAUAUUCUUCUCCGCCGCGACCAUUUCCGGUGCAUUUGGUGGCCUUCUCGCUGUCGGUAUAUCGAAGAUGAAUGGUAUCGGUGGAAAGCCUGCUUGGUCAUGGAUCUUUAUUAUAGAGGGAAUUGCUACCAUUUUGGCAGGGGCCGUCUCCUUCUGGAUCAUCGUGGACUUCCCGGACAACGCAACAUUCCUUACCGAGGCCGAGCGGACAGUCGUUAUCCGUCGCCUGCAGGGUGAUGCCCAGUUCAGUGCUGCCGGAGAGAAGAUGCAAUGGCGACACAUCAAAAAGGCACUGACCGAAUGGAAAACCUACAUUGCUAUGAUCGUGUACGCCGGAGUGGACAUGCCUUUGUACGCAUUCGCCUUGUUCUUGCCGAGUAUCAUCAACCAAGUAAGGUAUUCUGCAACUAAUGCGAAUCUACUAACCGUCCCCGUUUAUGCGCUCGCAUGCGUAUCUACUUGUCUCGUUGGCUUCCUCGCCGACAAGUACGGCAACCGCGGGUUGUUUAACUUAGUUGCACUUUCCACUGCUGCUGUGGGAUACAUCAUCUUGGUCGUCUCACGGAACGCCGCAUUGUCAUACUUCGCUGUAUUUUUAGGUGCUUGUGGCAUUUACCCUUGCAUUCCAAACACGGUUGCCUGGAUGUCCAACAAUUCAGAGGGAACAUACAAGCGUAGCGUCGCUCUUGCCAUGGUCAUCAGCUGGGGGAACUUGCAAGGCGCCAUUAGUUCCAAUGUUUAUCGUGCAACCCAGAAGCCUUGGUACCCACUAGGCCAUGGACUUGUGCUGAUGUACAUCGGUUUUGGUAUCAUCGCCACAGUUGUUUUCAGGUUCCUCCUAAAGCGGGAAAACGCUCGUCGGGACCGUGGAGAACGAGAUGAAAUCAUUGAAGGGCGCGAGGGAGGUUUCGAAGUCAACGGUCGGUUCGCAUCCGUGGAAGACGCCAAGAGAGAAAAGGGUGACGAGUGGAGUGGGUACAGGUACACUCUGUGAUGAAAAAUUAACGGUCUGAUAUCAACGGUUUUGAUUUUUAACGUCUUUUUCCAUGUAACUUACGAUGUCAACUUACGAAUGGGUGUAACAUAUAUAUUACAAUACGCCGUGCCCUAUGGACUCUGCGAUGUGCCUUUUAAUGGUGUUUACCCCGG